CCCCCAAAUCAGCAGCUAAUAGGUAUAUGUCCAGGUUUAAUUAGGGAAAGAGGCGCAGGUCCCCAGCCAAACAGCCAGUACAUGAAGAUAAGAGGCUUCACUAGCUUACCUUUUUUCUUUACCAAUCCCCAUCCCUAGUUUCAUUUUCUCUUUAAAUCCGGAUUGCUAAAACGCAUCUUCCUGUUCAGGUUGCCCUAGCCGCCGAUAGAUCAAUCGCAGGUGCAUGCACGCACCCUCCACAACCGCCUCCAUACGAGGACAGCUAAACCGAGGACCGAUGGGCAACCCUGUCCAACGUGAAUCACACAGUAUUGUCUACUCGCUGUCGUAUGUCCGACAAGGGCAUCCUCCAUCAAACAUCUUGUCGGGACACACCUCCGCGGAAUGGAAUGGCAGAGAGGAAAAAUCACCACCUGCUAGAGGCGGCCCGGGCCCUGAUGUUCACCACGAAUGUGCCCAAGUUCCUGUGGAGCGAAGUUGUCAUGAUGCCCGCCCUCUUGAUCAACCGCACGCCAUCCCAGGUUAUAUACUGAGCCACUGCUUGGAUCCAUACGUAGUCGUUACUCACUCAUGCAGACUCCAGGGAGCUUUUGGCUAUUGGGUGCAACUGAUGGAAGAUGGUAGCACGGGUUAUCUACAACCGGUUUGGAUGGCGAUCCAAUAAUAGGAUAUGUGUUUAGUCAUCUUGGCCUAUUUGUCACUGGUUGUGGCAGUUCUUUUAAUCUUUGUUGGUUUUUGCUCCUUUUGUUAGCCUUUACUGAACUUGAGACUUUGUUUGGGAACUUUAUUUCAAUAAAAUGGCUGCAUGCAUCAUUCUGAUGCAGAG